AUGGCGGAUAAUGCGACAUUAGAUGCCAUUCAGUCGCAUCAACAUGAUCAGGAGUCGCUGAAUGGGGAGGGAAAAGAGCAUGGGAAUGCGCAAUCCCAGUCGCAAGCCCCGGCCGAGCUUGACCCUGACGACAAGUACAAGCGCGAUGUGCCUCCGGACGGUGGAUACGGUUGGGUAUGCGUUGCCUGCGUCUUCUGGAUCAACGCGCAUACCUGGGGGAUCAACAGCAGUUACGGCGUCUUCCUGAGCUACUAUCUCUCCCACGACGUAUUCCCGAAUAGCAGCGCGCUCUCCUACGCCUUCACCGGUGGCCUCAGUAUCUCCUGUGCCUUGCUAGUGGCUCCACUAGCCACCUACCUGAUCCAAAUCCUCGGGACGCGAUUUGUGCUGAACGUCGGCGUUUUCUUCGAAACUCUUUCUCUCAUCGGCUCGUCCUUUGCAACCCAGAAAUGGCACAUUUUCCUCAGCCAGGGGGUCUGCUUCGGCUGGGGUAUGGGCUUUCUGUUCGUGGGCAGCGUCGGCAUCACAUCCCAGUGGUUCUUGAAGCGCCGAAGCGUCGCGCAGGGUAUAACGGCCGCCGGCUCCGGUUUGGGUGGUUUGAUCUACUCGCUCGCGGUGGGUGCCAUCAUCCCCCGCUUCGGGCUCCCUUGGGCUUUUCGCAUCUUGGGAAUCAUUGCAUGUGUCGUCAAUCUGGUCUGUGCGAACCUGCUCCGAGAUCGCAAUAAGCUCGUUGGCAGCCGUCUCACGGCCUUUCAUCUCCCGCUCCUUCGGCGGCCGGAAUUUCUCCUCUUUUUGGGAUGGGGUGUCUUUAGCAUGCUGGGAUAUGUGGCUGUACUAUUCAGCGUUGCUAACUUUGCUCUCUCUGUGGGCCUUACCUCCCACCAGGGAAGUGUUGUCUCUGCACUCCUGAACCUCGGCCAGGGUCUUGGUCGUCCGUUUGUUGGGAUGUUCAGCGAUCGACUCGGACGCAUUAACAUCGCCACAUUCCUCACAUUCCUCUGCGGCUUGUUUUGUCUUGUCAUCUGGGUAUUCGCCAACAGCAUGGUCGUGGUCUGUUUCUUCGCCGUUCUUGUCGGGACUGUGGCCGGAACGUACUGGGCCACUGUUUCACCCGUCCUGGCUGAGAUUAUUGGCAUCAGAGACCUCCCCUCGGGUCUCAGUAUAACCUGGCUCAGUUUAGUCGCGCCUUGCACCGUCUCCGAGGCAAUUGCCUUGGAACUUCGAACCCGUGAUGCUCAUGGCGACACGUCCUAUCUCCAUGUCCAGCUUUUCACGGGCUUUGUAUAUAUCGGGGCUUCGUUGUGCCUGUGGCUUGUGCGCGGUUGGAAGAUUGGCGCAUUGGAACGAGCUCAACAACGCCGUGAAUCUGCUGCUCGUGAAACAUCUCUCGCGAACGGAGAUAAAACCUUGGACCGUUCUGCAACUAUUGCAUCUGCUUCGACGUCGGGGCCUACUUAUGAUCCGCAGCUAUGGAGGCCAUUCAGUCUAGUACGUAGAAUGGUUGCUCUCAAGCGUGUGUGA